AGGCCACGCAGAGUCUUGUAAACGCCACAUAUACAUUUCCAUCCAAUAUUUAUUACAAACAGUGCUCAACAACUCCAAAUACAAAAUAUUCGUUGCAUCAGAAGAUAAGUGUUCUUGGUACGGAUAGGGCGUCGUGUAACGACAAUGAAACUACAAGUGUUGUUGGUUUCUUAUCUGACUACUUUAAAUUGCUUGUCGUGUGUGGAUGGCAGAGAUGACGAGACCAGCACUAAUCUUCAAAGCAGAUCAUCUGAGGGACUUCUCAGUGAAACUCUGCAAUUCUGAUAUGUGUGACUACAACUUGCCUUUCAUAAUGUUAAUUGACUUCGUUGAAAACAAGCGGGUGAUGUCAUCCUAUUAUGAUUUCCCCACUGAAGGAAUAGAAAAUACAGGAAACUUACCUUUCAAACAUGGACAGCAAUUUAGAAUCGAUUUAAAAAUUACAAAUGAACUUUUUACGGUUUGGGUUGACGGAAAAUUGACUGACUCUUUCAAAAAUGAAAUGCCUUUGGAAGUUAUUAUGUACGUGCAGGUCGACGGGCAAGCAGAGGUUAACUGGAUUCUAUUCUCAAAAAUGAACCCCGUAAGUGUGUAG